CAGCUGCUUCUCAUAUACCGGAAAUGGUCGUUGUGUUGUUGCACCAGUGCUGCUGUCAUGUGAUAGCUCGUCCUAAGAGCUGCUGUUGACAGUAGCUUCCUACCUUUAGAUGAAGCUAAAGUAAAACCGAGCAGGAGAAAAGUUUUAUGUUUGUUGUAAGAAGAAAAAUACGGCUUGUUUCUGACGGAGAACAGAGAAGCCGGGGUUGUAUAGUUUCGCCCCUCGGACGCUGACAUGGGUUGCUGUUACAGCAGCGAGAACGAGACCACAGAGCAGGACCCUGAUGAACGUAAGCCGCUGAUCCCCCACCCAAACCCUGUCAGCAAGCCCCCAAAUGGGACAGACUGGAUCACUACCAGUGUCCCCUCAGCGAGGACAGAUGAACAGGCCCUCCUUACAUCCAUCCUCACCAAGACAGCACAGAACAUUAUUGAUGUCUCAGCAGCUGACUCUGUCAUGAUGGAGCAGCAUGAAUACAUGGACAAAGCUCGGCAAUACAGUACAAAGUUGGCUGUGUUGAGCAACAGUCUGCCCCAGAAGAAAGCCCUCGCUCUCCCCUCUCUCACCAGCCAGCCCCACCAAGUGCUUGCGAGUGACCUAGUGCCAUACUCAGAUGUUCAGCAGGUGUCCAAGAUAGCAGCUUAUGCUUACAGUGCAAUCUCUCAAAUCAAAGUGGAUGCUAAAGAAGAACUGGUGGUCCAGUUUGCCAUUCCCUGAUUCUGCGACCCUAGCCCCCAUGUUGUUUCUCCCAUCCCGCUCUCUCUGUGUCACUUCUGCAUCCUUACCCUCCAGCCCACCCUUUAUUAAAGCAUCAUGGUCCUUGUGCUUCUUAGCUAUGCCUCUAACUGCUAUAAAGACAGACGAUGUAGGAUUGCCCCCACUGCUGUCCUUAAUUACUGUACUUAAUUAUAGGUCAGUGACAUAUUGUCUGCAUGGGCAAUGAAAGAUGGUCUACUGUACAUAGCCAUUGGGGUGUGCUCUCAUAUUUACAAGAAGGUCUCCUCUGUACUUAAUGUGUGGAUCACAGACUUUGUCAGAACCAACUGUGGAAUAAUCAUUCAUCCUUCUUGGUGGUUGCUUUUUAUUUUUUAAAUGGUUUCAGGGCCAUCUUAGUAUCUUUAUUCGGUUAGUUUCCCUAGCCUGUGUACUCAGUACCAUAAGUGCAGUGGUUGAGUAUUUUAGCCAUUUACCAGGAUAAAAAACUACCAACAUGGCAUAACGUUUGCACUUCAUAUGUCUGUAACUCUGUUCUGUAGUCCACGGGAAAACCUGUUAGCAAAAAGAGUCAAAAAACACACUAAGAACCACGUCUCGCUUACUAAACAUGAACCAGUAAACCGACAGCGGCAGUGAAACAGGUUGGUUAUACAUUGUCCAGUGUGUAAUCUGUUAUUCCAGUUGAGGUUAAAUCCUGAUUGACCUGUCCAUGGCUGGUGUCCUGAGGUGGAUGGUAGCAGCUAGACCUUUCUGGGACACAAGUUACUUUCUGGGACACAAGUUAUCAAGUUUACAGACAGUAAUGUGUCCUUUGCAGUUUUCUAGCACUAAAAAAUGAGCAGACAGACUGUUUAAAUCAGAUCCCAGAACUUCACAUAUGUAAUAGCAGAGGCAUAGAGAGAUGAAAGGGGUAGGUCUGUGGAGGGUCCAGGGCCAUAUAUCAUGUAUUCAUGCCGCCUUUGUACAUAAUUUUCUGAUUGAAUAUAAAAACAGAUGAUGGAUUGUAUGAAGUUCCUCUUUUUGUAGAGAGUUCAUUGUUCAGGAUUGGCUAAGAUCUUGUGGUGAUAACAUGUUUUUAUGAAACACAAGAACACUUUUAAGGCCUGCAUUAGUUAGCUUUUAAACAAAGCUUUUCGCUGCAGAUUGUAUUAUGAUUGAGUUAUUCAUAUUAAUCAGAAACUAACCAUUGUAGCAGUGUGGGAGCGCGCUAACAAUCUAUGUACCACAGCAGAUAAAAUUAUCCGAGACCUU